UACAUCUGGAUAUUUAUAGCAUCGGCGGGGUCUUGCUCCUGGUGGUGCUAAUAGCGGCGAUGGUACUGAACCUUGACAUGCUGGAACUGCCUCCCAUCACAUCUUGCCUGUGUUUCAAAGAACCAUAGAAGGGCGGGACUGCAGUCGUCCAUCAGCUCCAGGCCGAUGAGAUGCAGCUCCUCGGAGGCCGCGGACAAGGUGCGGAACAUGUGGUCAUAUCGCCUCUACCGCUACUCCUCCCCAUCCUCAUCCCGACUCGUGUACGGCGUUGGAAGCGCUGACCUCAGCAUGCCGCGCCGUACGCCCUCUGACCUCGCUCGCGCCGUCUUCAGGGCCCUAGAGACAGGCACAAACUUACCGCAUCUGCCUUCCAGCCCCGAAGUGCUGCAGGGCUGAUGGCCUUCCAGCCAGAGGACCCGGGCAGCGGCAGCCAAGAGAGGAAGGACGAUGAGGGCUAUAGGGGCUGCAACAGCGACGACAACGAGAGAGAGGAGAGAACUCACUCGUACGGAGUCGUGUGACGAGCGUUUGACGUCGCAGCAGCAGAGGUCACCCUCUUCGUUCCUGAUGCUGGAGGCGCUGCGCCGUCGGAGGCUGGACGCUGUGCAGCAGUUGCACGAGGCGUUUCCACAGCUGCUGGCCUCUCGCUGCCAAUCUUCAUCCCGUUGAUCCCCGCGGAUAACAAACCUCCGCUCGCUACCCCGACCCCCGAUGCUCAACCGUCGACGUGCAACUACAACUACCAGCAGUGCAGCGAAGCAGAGGCUUCUAUCUCUGACGCUCAUCCCACCCAGAAGGAGUCUCCACUGUUGGACGCGGCUGUGGAGAAUCGCGCCAUGCUCAUAUUCGUGCUGCAAAACCACCCCAGUCUUCGGCGGAAUGCCCCUGCUGUACCCGAUUAUUGGAAUCCCGGCUUCCACGGGACGUCUUCCAGGGACAACAACGUCACGUUGGCGAGGAUUCUCGCAUCAGAUCUUGAAAGGCAAGGCCAGAAGGGAUGACUUGGGGGCGGAAGUGCGCAAUCAGCUUCUACCGGAGCCUGAUCCCUUCGGACCCGUAGCCAUCUGCUUGCGGCAGAACGUGCCUGACGUCCUGCAGUACCUGCUGUUCAAGCACGUUUGGCAGCACUUCCUGCUGGAGGACAUCGCAAUGUUGCCGCAAAACAGCCAGGUGCCGGAUCUGGACGGCCGCUGGGCCGGCAAGGAGUGGUUUCUGCACUGUUCUGCGCUCAUGGGGUGUCCUAUGGUGUUGGAGGGGGCGCUGACUGGCGCUUACGACGUGGUCACCCGAAAAAGCACGCAGCACCACCAGCGGCAGUAGCAACAGGUUCCAACAGACCUGGCCUUUCCUCAGUCAACACCGAACCGCUCAGCGAUAUUUGCAGCAGCGAAUCUCAAAUGGAGGAGGAAGGUUCCUCCCAUCCCGGUUGUCAACCGCCGGGGGAUUGGAACGAGAGAACGGGAACCACUGACAAUGCGAACAGUGCUAAGCAAGGGUCAAGGCCUCACGCGCGUAUUACAGAGGAAAGAGAACAGGAGGAGGACUGCGAAGUCGACGCCAAUGAGCCGAGCCGGGAGAUAACCAAAGAGUUCACCGGGAAUCCGCCGAUGAGAACGGCAGUGGAGCAAGGCGACGAGGGAGGAGUUGUCGAAGGGAUCCCGAGGACAAUAGCUGGACCGGAGGAUGAAGGAGAGGACACAAAAGCUCACGCGUCACGCAAGCAUCUGCACAAGGUCAAGGGUGGGGACAGGGGUCAGAGGGCAGGGUCUGCUGUGGUCAGGCUCAGUCCUAACCCGGACGCGCCACUGGCCGUGUCGCUGCCUGUCAUGGACCGCUGGAUCUCGCGCUGCAUGCACGUGCGCGUCACGCCCCUGCACCUGGCCUGCUGGCGCUGCGACGCCACCUCCAUCGAGAUCCUGCUGAUGCACGGCGCUGACGUCAACGUGAAGGCGGACGAACUGGAAGACUGCGAUGAUCCGAAGAACAACCCCAAAAGCAGUGGCAGCGGCAAUUCCAACCAUUGGGAUCAUACCUCCAGCAGCACCCUGGAAUCAACGGGCUCCGACCUGUUUCCGAACUUUAACCAAGAGGAUCUGGGGCCUUUCGCAAGCUCCACCGUGACCUCCAUCAGCUUCAGUCCUGGUUCCAACACCAGCCUAGAGUCGGCGAUGAAGGCGGCCCGCACGAACACAGCGGGGUCACUCCUCUAGCGCUGUUGGCACUGGGAGUGCGCUCCCCUCCCGAUUUUUCGCUGUCCAUCGGGCGUGCGCUGGGACUGGUGCAGGCCACCCUACAGGAAGGGGAGAGUGGACAGGUGGACAGGGCCAGCGAGGUCACGCGCUCUCGCGUCAUGGACGCCUUGCGCAUGCUGCUGGAUGCCGGGGCGGACGUCAACGCCACCUCCACCAUUUUCCGCAAGACCUUCAGACCGCUGGAGCUGUUCUUGCAGCCAUCUGUCGACCUCUACUAUGCACCGUUGAUGCCGCGCGGCGGGCGGGACUCUGCCGUGCUGCGCUGCAUGGACCUAGAGCGGGCGGGGGAGCUAGUUCUCUGCGCUUGCUGGGAGCUGCUGUCACGGGGCGCGGAGCUCGGCGCCGGUUUCCGCACCAGCGUCGAGUGGAAUCUUUUCCGCAUGGACUGGAUGUUCCUGCAGGAUGAUGUCCUCAAGCAGCGCUUCCUGCAUCUGGCCAUCUUUCUUGGCCUUUUUCCGCCAUGUUGCCAGAUAAGGCUGCUGACCUGCUCCUGCCGCGACCACCACGACGAGUCCUCAACCGCUGGCGACGCCAGCUGCCAGAGAGACCCAUGCGUGUCACGCCCCUUCUUCACGGGCAACCCUCUUCCAGAAGUCGCCACCCCGCCGCCCCAGCUCUCACCAGCUACCAACAUCAUCCCACAGUUAUCCACGGUCGACCUUUCGUUGAUGACCGUGACGGAGCAAGACGGUACCAACAUCGAUCCUGCCCCAGAGAGUUAUUCCCAUCCUCCCACCUACAGCACCGCCGCCGGGAGUUUUUACGGGGAGAGCAGUCACCAUCUUCACAACGAGGCUGGCCUGGAGAGCUUACCUGGCGUCAAGUCAUCUAAUGGAUUUCGUUUGGAACAAAACGUCCCGACUGACGUAGGGACCUCGACGAACGGCAUGGAAAAUGCAUCACGGGGGCCUCGGAGCGUCAACAUGGCCACCGCCGUCCCCUUGCACCUCCCUGGAUGCCCUGCGCGCGACGUGCCCGCCAGGUGGCGCUACCAGACGCAGCUGUGGCUGUGGGCGGUAGAGGAGCGGCAGCACCGCAUCCUGGAGCGCUGCGUCAUCGACAUUGUGCGGCUGUCUGUCUCGCCGCGGACCCUCAUGCUGCUUCUCCGCUUCCUGGCUUUCCCGGAUCUGCGCGUGAUGGCGACCCUGACCGACACCAAGUUCCGCGAGUGGCACGCCGAGACGGCCUCCGGGGACAGGCUUCGCGAAGCCGUGUGGCAGGCCCACACUCGAAGUCUGAAGCACUCGGCCAAGGUGGUCAUCCUCAUUGCCACCAGGUGGCGUUAUCACUCUUUGCAAAGGUUGCCCUUGCCAGAGAGUCUUAAGCGGUACUUGACGGACGCCAUCUGCUAGCCUGAGGCUGUUCAGCUGAGCACAUCCAUUCAAUGACAUCAUCAUAGCAAGUAAAGUCUUCUGCUAGAAAGGAUUUUAAGGUCUACUACAGUGACUAGGAGGAUCUCAAGAUACUUCAAAUACCUCCAUCCUAUCCCCGAUCCUUCUUUCCUCGAGAUAACCCUAAUCUCACAAACAUCCCCUUGCACGAAAAAACCACAAACAUCAUUGUACAUGAAGACAUUUAGGGGUCAAACCUGCACCCAACAGAAGUUUGAUACCAUAUAAAGUUUUUUUUUACUGAUGUAAAUCUUUUAGGCUAAAGAUAUUGUUUGCAAACAAAAUAAUAAAUCAUAGUCUCGAGAAGCCA